AUGGUCCUCUCUCCUGAAGCAGCAGAAACAAUCCGCCGCAAAAAAACCCGCUAUUGUCGGUACCUUGACACCAAGCAAUGGGCCUCCCUUUCCACCAUCAUCCUCCCAGACGCCGAGAUCGAGUUCCUCGACGCGGAGGGCCAGACGGCCGUCGACGAGAACGGGGUGGAGCAGAAGUGGAAUUCGCUGGAGGGGUUCGUGGGGUAUUUUGAACCGGUGUUUGCGGGGAUGCAGACUUUGCAUGUUGUUGACCCGGGGGAUUUUGAAGUUGACGAGGAGAACGGGGCCGGGAAUGUGGAUGAGACCAAGGCCGUCUUUGGGUUUGUGUACCAUGCUGGCAACGCCGGAUCUGAGAAGGGGGUUCAUUUGACUGGCGGUGGGCAUUACUAUGAAACUUGGAGGAGGGAUAAGGAUGGGGAUGGGGAGUGGUAUCUUGCAAAGAUGAGGUUGCACAGAUUGUUUUGGAAAGUCGCGAAUAUCUGA